AGAAGAGAGCAUAUGGAAAGGGAAAUGACUGCUGUACAUGCAGGCAACAUAAACUUCAAAUGGGACCCCAAAAGUCUAGAGAUAAGGACUCUGGCAGUUGAAAGACUUUUGGAGCCUCUUGUUACUCAGGUUACAACAUUGGUAACCACCAGUAAUAAGGGACCCUCCAACAAGAAAAGAGGUCGCUCUAAGAAGGCCCAUGUACUGGCUGCAUCAGUUGAACAAGCAACUGAGAAUUUCUUGGAGAAGGGAGAUAAAAUUGCCAAGGAAAGCCAGUUUCUCAAGGAGGAACUUGUGGCUGCUGUAGAAGAUGUUCGCAAACAAGGCGAUUUGAUGAAGAGUGCCUCUGGAGAAUUUGCAGAUGACCCCUGUUCUUCAGUAAAGCGUGGCAACAUGGUGCGAGCUGCCCGAUCCUUGCUCUCAGCUGUUACCCGGUUGCUUAUUUUGGCAGACAUGGCCGAUGUCUACAAAUUACUUGUUCAGCUGAAAGUUGUGGAAGAUGGUAUCUUGAAACUUAGAAAUGCUGGCACAGAGCAAGAUUUAGGCAUACAGUAUAAAGCUCUAAAACCUGAAGCGGAUAAGUUGAACAUUAUGGCAGCCAAAAGGCAACAGGAACUGAAAGAUGUGGGCCAUCGGGAUCAAAUGGCUGCAGCCAGAGGAAUACUACAGAAAAACAUUCCAAUAUUGUAUACUGCUGCCCAGGCCUGCCUUCAGCACCCUGAUGUGGCUGCUUAUAAAGCUAACAGGGAUCUGAUAUACAAACAGUUGCAACAAGCUGUUACUGGGAUCUCCAAUGCAGCCCAGGCCACAGCUUCUGAUGAUGCCUCCCAGCAACAGGGUGGAGGAGGAGGAGAACUGGCAUAUGCACUCAAUAACUUUGAUAAACAAAUAAUCGUUGACCCUCUGAGCUUCAGUGAAGAGCGUUUCAGACCUUCUCUUGAGGAACGUCUAGAGAGCAUCAUCAGUGGAGCAGCCCUGAUGGCGGAUUCAUCUUGUACUCGUGAUGAUCGGCGGGAACGUAUUGUUGCAGAGUGCAAUGCAGUUCGACAGGCCUUACAGGAUCUGCUUUCUGAAUACAUGGGGAAUGCUGGACGUAAAGAAAGAAGUGAUGCUAAUUCUGCAAUAGACAAAAAUGACAAAAAGACCAGAGAUUUACGAAGACAGCUCCGCAAAGCUGUCAUGGACCAUGUUUCAGAUUCGUUCUUGGAAAAAGUGCCACUUUUGGUAUUGAUUGAGGCUGCAAAGAAUGGAAAUGAGAAAGAAGUUAAAGAGUAUGCUCAAGUUUUCCGUGAACAUGCUAACAAACUAAUUGAGGUGGCUAACUUAGCCUGUUCUAUAUCAAAUAAUGAAGAAGGCGUGAAGCUGGUUCGAAUGUCAGCAAGUCAACUGGAAGCCCUCUGUCCUCAGGUUAUUAAUGCUGCAUUGGCCUUGGCUGCAAAACCACAAAGUAAACUGGCCCAGGAGAACAUGGAUCUUUUUAAAGAACAGUGGGAAAAGCAAGUCCGGGUUUUAACAGAUGCUGUUGAUGACAUCACUUCCAUUGAUGAUUUCCUGGCCGUCUCAGAGAAUCACAUUUUGGAAGAUGUAAACAAGUGUGUAAUUGCUCUCCAAGAAAAAGAUGUCGAUGGUUUAGACCGCACUGCCGGCGCCAUUCGGGGCCGGGCAGCCAGAGUCAUUCAUGUUGUCACUUCAGAGAUGGACAACUAUGAGCCCGGAGUCUACACUGAAAAGGUUCUUGAGGCCACCAGACUGCUUUCUAAUACAGUUAUGCCACGUUUUACUGAGCAAGUGGAAGCUGCUGUGGAAGCUCUCAGUUCUGAUCCUGCCCAACCAAUGGAUGAAAAUGAGUUUAUUGAUGCCUCACGCCUGGUCUAUGAUGGCAUUCGGGACAUCAGAAAAGCUGUGCUGAUGAUAAGGACUCCUGAAGAGUUGGAUGAUUCUGACUUUGAGACUGAAGACUUUGAUGUUAGAAGUAGAACAAGCAUCCAGACUGAAGACGAUCAGCUUAUUGCUGGUCAAAGUGCACGGGCAAUCAUGGCUCAGCUUCCCCAAGAACAAAAAGCUAAAAUCGCUGAGCAGGUGGCCAGCUUUCAGGAAGAGAAGAGCAAACUGGAUGCCGAAGUAUCCAAAUGGGAUGACAGUGGCAAUGAUAUUAUUGUCCUGGCCAAACAGAUGUGCAUGAUCAUGAUGGAAAUGACAGAUUUCACCAGGGGUAAAGGACCACUUAAAAAUACAUCAGAUGUAAUUAGUGCAGCUAAGAAAAUUGCUGAAGCAGGAUCGAGGAUGGAUAAGUUGGGAAGAACCAUUGCAGAUCACUGUCCGGAUUCAGCCUGCAAACAGGACCUCCUUGCAUACCUACAGCGCAUCGCUCUCUACUGCCACCAGCUCAACAUCUGCAGUAAAGUCAAAGCAGAGGUUCAGAACCUGGGUGGGGAGCUUGUCGUCUCUGGGGUGGACAGUGCAAUGUCCCUGAUCCAGGCGGCCAAGAACCUGAUGAAUGCUGUGGUACAGACGGUGAAGGCCUCCUACGUGGCCUCUACCAAGUACCAGAAGUCACAGGGAAUGGCUUCCCUCAACCUUCCUGCUGUGUCCUGGAAGAUGAAGGCCCCAGAAAAGAAGCCUUUAGUGAAGAGAGAAAAGCAGGAUGAAACCCAGACAAAAAUCAAGCGGGCUUCUCAAAAGAAGCAUGUGAACCCUGUGCAGGCCCUCAGCGAGUUCAAGGCCAUGGACAGUAUCUAGAGUGGCCUCAGCUGCUCACACCCCCUGCCACUGUCUUCUCCAAACUAACUCUCCUUCAAAUGGCUUCUGUGAAUCAUAGACACUUCCUAUUCAUUCAAAUGUAUUUACUUAAUAUAAUGUUGAUAUUAGAUGCUAUGGGAAUGUAGAUUUUUUUUAAACCCUAAAUGAUACCAGUAUGAAUGAGAACAAGCUUGUAUUUCAAUGGAGGAUGCUUUUAUAUCCCAGAAGCAUUAUUUCUAGUUGCAUUUUUGAAAAAUAUAAGCUUGAAGAAAAACAAACUAUAACCAAAGAGAUUGCUAACACUAUUAUACCAUGAUGUAUCUGUCUCCAUGAUUGAAGGGUUACAUUGUGAUUGAGAGGUUUGUGUUCUCAUCAGUGAAGAAAAAGGUGGGAACUGUUACUGUUAGUAUUCAGGAGGGGAACUGGUAAGUAAAUAGACCGUAUUAUACAACUUUCUAACUCAAAGAUUCUGUAUUUGAAAGAGAGCACUUGGGCACAUUUUGCCAUGGAAAAGGUUGUCUUCAAAGAAACUAGUUUGGGCAGAUAGAUAAAAAGUGGCCGUGAGCACCUAGGCCUGCCCACUUCAUUCUGGAGAGAAUAGGUUUGCAAGGGAUUUCUCCUAACUUGAGUUCAUAAGAGCAGAAGGUUUCUGAAAUCCCCACUGCCCAUCGUGGGGAGCCAAGUGGUUACCAAGGUUGGCGGUAGCCCUUGUGUAUGGGAUUUCAUGUAUGUCUGCAAAAUGACAAUCUCUAAGAAAUUCAGUAAAACAUAAUGCAUCAUGAAAAAAACGGAUUACUCUCUUUAGGACACAGGAUGAGAAUUUUAAUGCUUGGUUACAAAUUACUAAUGUACUUUGCUGCAGGACAUUAAUAAAAUUGCUCUUUCCAGCCGGUGUGUUGCAGUGCUGUAAUAGUAACAUGUUUUUUGCUUUCUCCCAGUAUUCAAAUGCAAAUUUGUCAUUGUGCUCAUUUCUAAUAAUUGCAGUGUUUCCUGCCUUGGGCUUGUAAAAGAAGCCUUGCAAAAUAGUGUUUGUUCAGGCAAUAAUUUCAACUUUACAUUAUUUGUGAUUACUAUAGCGAUUACUAUAGCUACAAGGUAUAAUUUUACUGUCUUAUUUAAAUUUUAUGAAUUUGAAUAUUUUUACACCAACUUUUCCCAAUAAAGUGCAUGAUGAAAUCCAGCCGAGUGGGCCAGAGUUUCUCUCCUGCUUCCUCUCAAACCGUUUCCAUCAGGUGCAAUUUUCAAAUGAAGUGACAUGUCUUUAACUCCCAUAAUCUUUUUUUCCCCCCUCCCAUAAUCUCUUAAGAAAAAGUAUCCAAUCCUACCUUGCCUUCCUGAUAGUGAGGGAUCCUCCCAUGUGGGAAUGAAAUGGGAUUUGAUGGCAAAAUUAAUUGAACAGGAAAUAGUAUUUAUUGUAUUGAUUCGAAGAGAACUUUUGUAUAUAAUUUUUUAAAAAGAACUAUCAAUAGUUUAACCAAGAUAGCAACAAAAUUAUUACCUCCCCUUUUGCAUAUUAACCCACUUCGCACAAAUUGAAGCCUUCCCUUGUAAUAAAUUUGUAUAGUCAACUAAAACUAGUUAAACCUGGGCAAUGCCACGAGACAUGCACCAUCGCACAUGUAACUCUUUUUAAAAGCCUCUGCGCCUGAUUGAUCCUCUAGCUCCCACAGGCUCAUAGCUUUAAAUCCACUGAGGGUUUCGAUCAAGAAGGCCUGGACUCAAAUCUCUGCCUCUGAGGGGUCCCUGCUUAUAAAAUGCAUUAUCUACCUUACAGGUCUGAUAGGAAUCCAUGAUCAAAUGGUUUCAAAUGCUGUACAGUCAGUUACCUGCUAUGUUGCCAAGGCAUUGUGCUAAAUAUUAAGUAG